AUGGAAGCCACAUUCAGGAUUGUCCUGCUGGGGGAAAAUGGAAAUGGGAAGAGCAGUCUGGCUAACACAAUUUUUGGAGAAACCAUGUUCAAAGUCAAAACUUUUAAUGACGUGAAGUCUUUUGCUACUGAAGCGAAAACCAAACUUGUCUAUGGAAGAAACUUUACUUUGGUUGAUACUCCUGGUUUGUUUGACUCAGGCAGGUCUCUGGGGGCUGUGAACCCUGAGUUACUAAGAUGUAUCAUAGAAUGCGCUCCUGGGCCUCACAUUUUUUUGAUUAUUCUGAAAGUGGAGAAAUACACCGAGCAGGAGGAAGAUGUCAUCACUAAAAUACGUCAGUAUUUCUCUGAUGAUGCCCUGAAGUACGCCGCAGUGGUCUUCACUCAUGGUGACCAGCUCCCUGAAGGAAUGAAAAUAGAGCAGUAUGCUGCUCAAAGUGAGAGCCUGUGGGAACUGGUACAGAAAUGUGGAGGUCGCUGCCAUGUUUUUGAUAACAGAUACUGGAAGAACAACAAGGAGGAGGAAUACAGAAGCAACACGUUCCAGUUGGCAGAGCUGCUGAACACCAUUGACAAGAUAAUAAUGGCAAACAGAGGAGGACACUACAGUAAUACAGUACUUAAAAACAUAGAGAGAGAAAUACAAGAGGAGGUAAAGCUUUUAAAACUGUCAUCAGAAAACAUGUCAGAGGAUGAGAUCAGGCAGCAGAUUAUACUGGAAAUCAAAUGCAGUGCAAGUACCCCUUCAUACCAUUGA